UUGGGUCCCACAUUUCCACCUCCGCAAGUAUGCAAGCAAAGAACCUUGGAGAAGGGGCCAAAUCUCAAACACAAACCUUUAUAAUUCCCCUUUCAUCAAUCUCUCCAUAAAAACCCUAAACCUCAACAAUUAGUAGCAAAUAAUUGGAUCUUCAAUUCAAUGGGAUUUUUCAAAAGUACAUUCUCGUUUGUUGUGGGUACGGGUUUCGGAGUGUACUUGGCCCAAAACUACAACGUCCCCAAUAUCCAGAAGCUCGUUAACACUGGCCUUGUCAUCGCCAAGCAUCUUGAAGAGAAUUAUCGUAAACCCAAAAAGAGGGCAGAUGAUGAAGAUUUGUAAGCGGUUCUUUACGGCGUCGUUUUUUAAGUACACAGAAAAUAUAUGCAGCAGUACCAUCAAGUGUUUCAGAUAUGCAACAGUCCUGACGAAGAAAGCAUUAGCAGCAGCUGAAACGACUUACGUGAUGAAGCAGUGAAGGAAACAGAUAAUAAUUUCUCUGCACGCGUUUGUUCUUCUGCUGUAUGCUUGCCGUUAAAAUUAGCAAUGAUUCUAGCUGACGAUGUUUUAUGCUACUUGUGCUAUUGAUGCAUUUGCACAUAUUAAGAUGGAUUCAAAGUUCUUCAUUA